GCCCGUCUCCGUGUCUGUGAUCGAUUGUGGGACGAUGAAUGGAGGAUGCAUUUAGUUUCGUCGUUGUUGUGACAUGACAUCUACUUGAGCGACGAGGAAAUUCGAUUGCAGCAAGGGACUCCUCCUGGCCCCGUCAAUCGCAGCUAGCAUCAUCGCUCAACAGGGAUUGAUUAUGCGCCAUUCCGUCAUCCUCUUUCUUGCCGCCGGCUUGGCGGUCACUUUGGCUCAGCAGCAAGACUGCCCAUCGGACCCAUAUGUCGAUCCAUCUCAAGACACAUGCAAUCCCCUUCGAUAUGUCCCCUCUAUCCCACUUAAUGCUGUUGCCGCCGCACUCUAUUUCACGGUGGCCAUCAUCUUGACUUUCCUCAACUACAAAUGGCGAGCCAACUACAUGCUAUGUCUUGUCAUCGGAGCGUACUGCGAAGGACUAGGAUUGGCGUUGAGAUUAGCCCUGAGGAAUAAUUUGCAUUCAUCAGGACUUUACAUUGUCAUGUACUUGUUUGUGGUGCUCUCACCCUGCGCUUUCCUAGCUGGAGACUACAUCUUACUGGGCCGCUUGGUUCAGCAUCUCGAUGGCACUCAAUAUCUUCGACCAUUCAAAGCGAGACUCAUCAGUCGAAUCUUCAUCAUCUCUGAUGUCAUCACAUUUCUGAUUCAAGCUGCUGGCGGUGGUCUUUCUACAGCCAAUAAACCAUCCGUAGCCGAGACUGGAGGUCAUAUCUUCUUAGCUGGUAUCGCAGCGCAAAUGGGAUCCUUUAUCCUCUUCUCGUUCAUCUGGGCUAUGUUUGCAUUCCGAGUCCGUUUCCAAGAUCAAGAUCUGUGGCAACGCAAAGGAUGGAAAUCCUUGCAUUGGGCUUUGGGUUUCACCUGCAUCUGCUUUAUGAUUCGAAGUGUGUUCAGAACUGUCGAGCUUUCUGAGGGGUACAUCGGCUACCUCGCAACCCAUGAGCGAUUCUUCCUCGGUCUUGACACACUACCCCUAUUCCUCGGUAUAUCCACCUAUGUUUUCUUCUGGCCUGGCAAAUACAUCACACCAGAGACUAGAAUCAACCCUGGCCCCUCAGAUCCAGCUAUCAGUCAUGGCGAAAGUGGUCAUUCCGAUCAUGUGACACCUCAUACGACCACUGAGACUUUGGCAGCACCUCCUAUGGGAGAGAAAGCGUCGGCGUUGGCGUAAUGCGAAUCUCUCUAUAUACAGCUUAGAUCAUAUAGAAGCAUAGUGUCAGUGUCUACCGAUUCAGAGUCCCUCAUGUACAUACAUUAUACUACUCAUUGUCUACUGGUGCAAUUUGGCAAAGUGGAGGGGGGGUUGAACGCG